UUAGCAGCUCGCGAGGGAGGACCCCUUGGCCUUAGUGAACUUGCACUCGACGCGGAGGCUCUCGCAUAGAUCUCUCUGCUGCGUGCCCCCCACUCCUCCUUGCUCAGCUCGUCAGUCAAAAUUGGCCCGAGGGACCCGCCGCGGAGCUGGGGCGGGGUGGAGAUGUCUGCCCAGAGAUUAAUUUCUAACAGAACGUCCCAGCCAUCUGCACCUAAUUCUGAUUACACCUGGGAAUAUGAAUAUUAUGAAAUUGGACCAGUGUCCUUUGAAGGACUGAAGGCUCAUAAAUAUUCCAUUGUGAUUGGAUUUUGGGUUGGUCUCGCUGUCUUUGUGAUUUUCAUGUUUUUUGUGCUGACUUUGCUGACCAAGACGGGAGCUCCACACCAAGACAAUGCAGAAUCUUCAGAGAAGAGAUUUAGAAUGAAUAGCUUUGUGUCAGACUUUGGAAGACCACUGGAGCCAGAUAAGGUGUUUUCUCGACAGGGCAAUGAUGAAUCCCGGUCUCUCUUUCAUUGCUACAUCAAUGAAGUGGAACACUUGGAUAGGGCUAAAGUUUGUCAUCAGACCACGGUCCUUGACAGCAGUGUUCAACUCCAGGAAGCCAUUAGAAGCAAUGGGCGUCGAGAGGAGGAGCUGAAUAGGCUUAUGAAGUUUGAUAUCCCUAACUUUGUGAAUACAGACCAGAACUCCUCCUUUGGGGAGGAUGAUCUUCUAAUUUCAGAACCACCUAUUGUUCUAGAAAAUAAGCCAGUUUCCCAGACCUCACAUAAAGACCUGGAUUGAGAAACUACUUCCUGAAGUAGGGGUAAAGUGUCUUCCUGAAGAUGUUGGGUCUGUCUUUGUAAAGCAAGAAAUCUCCAUUCACCAAGAUUGUGUGUGUGUGUGUGGGGGGGGUAGCUAAGUGGGGGUGUUAUGAGAGAUAGAAACAGAAAGAGAGAAGAGAGCCCCCUCAAAAACGAGCCGAAUAAGCUGAGUUUCUAUGCCUUUAAACACAGUUCAGGCUUUUUGGGGAAUAAGGUACUUAUAUGGUUUCAUCCUCUUUGUUGCUGAAAAAUUUGGCCACAUACUCAGUGUCAACGUUCUUGAAUGGGGGUUAGCAUACUGUGUUCCAGUCUGGCCCUGCCAAUUCCAUGCUCUACCUUUAGCAAGUUGCUUUACCUCUCUGGGCUGCCACAUUGUUAACCGUAACGUGAGGAGUCUGGAGUAGAUUAUUCAUCCUAGCUCUAAUAUUUUGUGAACUUGUGACUUUGCAUCGAGAAGAGGCUGGGAUGUACGUAAAUCAAUAUAAACUAUGGCGCUGCCUCCUAUCUCUUGUAGGAUCCCCCAUGUCAGUACCUUCCACUCAAUCUUAACUGAGCCCAGCUUUUGUCAGGGGUCCAAGCAUCUAGAGGAUGUCAGACGACUCGUCUCACAGUCACUGUGGCCAACAUUUCUGUUGGUUGUAUGAAAAUAGCCCUUCUGAGAACCUCCAGCCACCCAUGGUAAAACGUAGGGACAGCCAUGCCCCUCCUCUUCUAGAAUGAGUACCAAUCCAUGAUACAUUGCAUGGCACUCCUAUCCCCAGAAAUGUAGGGAAGGUUGUCAGCUGAGUGAUGACAGGUGCCUUUUGUGUCUCUGUUGGUGUACAUGUGUCUGGUCACAUUUCUGUGUGGUUGGCUACUGAACAAGAAAAGUGCUAUUUGCCAUGCUCUUUACUUGGUAGGGGUGUAGGUGAUGGUCAUGUGGCUCGUGUGUGAGCUUUGAGCUGAGGUGGUGAAUGGAUUGUAAAUUCCCCACCAACAGAUGUGCAGGGUGGCCUGGUGCAACACAGUUAAUUUCAUGAAGGAAUCUAGUCCUGGUAUUGGGAAAAACUUGGUCUUGCAUACACAGUUGCAUGUGCAGCCAGCUGCUAAUCUCUGGGUGGCAUUUUCAUUAUGAAUUUGUUCACCAUCUGUCUUGCUUAAGCAAAAAAAAUAAAUGCAUUUGAUUGCACAGGAA